UAGUAGCGCGGAUUUAAUAAUCUUCCAGUCGUGAUUUCGUUCGUAAGCCUUAAAAUGGCUCUAGAAAAGCUUCAGGUUUUUGUGUUCCUAGCAAUUUUUGCUUUAUGUAAAAGUGAUGUAGACACUUCCUUGUAUUUAACACCAACAGAAGUUGUGCACUAUGAAAAUUUGGCGGUUCGAGCUGUUGGUGAAGCUUUGCAGUGCGAAGGCUUGGUGGGUGACCAAUUUCAGGACUUUCUGAAUGAGAAGGAUAUUAAUUUGGAGGAGAUUUCUGAUUGGGCCGUGCCAAUGUUUGAUUCUUGGGGCAAAAUUCCAAGUGGAAUUUUCACGGGAAAUGUUAUAGAUUAUGGGCAGUUUGAUGAAUGUAUUAGUAUUGGGCAUGAAAAACUAAAUGCUGCUGAUAUAAAAGGCAAAUAUUGCGCAUAUGCAGUGACUGGUAUCAUAGGUAACUUGUCUCUUACUUGGGCAAUUUGCAUUCCUGAAGCCUGCGAAAUAAGUGAAACAUUUAUUCCGGUCGCACCAAAUAUCAACUUUCGUGUCGCUGGUGACAGAUGCCAAACGAACGGUUCAUUCAAUAAGUUGGAAUGGGAUGAUGGGUUAGCACUUGGUAUUUUUGGUUUUAUUCUGGUUAUAAUUCUCUUCAGCACUAUUUAUGAUGGCUUAUUACACUACCGAGAUCAAAAGACUUCCAAUCCACUGUUCAUUGCUUUUUCACUAGUGACCAACAGCAAGAAACUGUUUUCUGUGAGUAACGCGCCUGGUCAAGUCGGAUGUCUGCAUGGUAUCCGCGCCGUAAGUUUGAUGUGGAUCAUCGCUGGCCAUCGUUUCGUUUCGGCUAGCGCACUACCAAGCAUUAAUUUAGUGCAAGCAAUAGAAUUUAAAAACGAUAUUGCAUCGUCGUAUAUUUCCAGCGCACGUGCCGCAGUUGAUACAUUUUUUAUGUUUUCUGCUUUUCUGGUAUCUUUCAUUUACUUCAAAGGUGUUCGCUCCGCCAUUGCUAAAGCAGAAGCCAAAGGGUCUUCUCAUGUCGAGAAUCCGCUUACAUUGGCAAAAAUUCCUAUGUAUUACGUUCAUAGAAUUCUAAGAAUAACUCCUGCUCUGGCAGCUACAUUCUUCAUACAAAUCACGCUAUUCCGUCGUAUAGGCGAAGGACCAUUAUGGCCACUGAUUAUCGAUAUGAGUGUUUCAGUGUGUACAGAAUGGUGGUGGUCUUUGUUCCUCUAUGUCCAAAACUACGUCAACUACAAAGAAAUGUGCAUCGUCCCUACGUGGUAUCUAUCUGCUGACAUGCAAUUGUAUCUAUUGUCACCAUUUCUUAUCAUUCCACUGGGAAAUCUCGUAAUCAAAGGCAAAAAGAAAUUGGCUUAUAUUUUAAUGUGUAUUGUCAUUGCUAUUUCCAUAAUAGUUCCAAUGACGAUUGAAUUUUUCAGGGAGUUUGAUCCGUUAAAUAUUUACGAGACUCAUCAUCGUGCGUCAGUAUAUACCAUCGGUAUACUCUUCGGAAUGAUUAUGAUUGAUUGCACCGAUAAAAAGAUUAAAAUUAAUCCCUUCCUAAACCUAAUUCUGUGGGGAGUAUCACUUGGUGUUAUGUUAGCCAUUGUUAUUACAAUGCACGACACGGAAGUGAAUCCUGAACUGGAAAAGAACAAUCUUUACUUUUCCCUCACACGACCUGUAUGGUCAGCGGCACUCUGCUGGAUUGUUUUUGCCUGCCAGUUUGGAUAUGGCGGACCUGUCAAUUGGUUCCUCUCCAAAUCAAUUUUCCAAAUUAUGACAAAACUCUCCUUCAGCAUGUACCUUCUGCACAAUUUAGUUAUCACACUAUCGAUUGGAACUGGUAAAAUUUCUGGGCAUUUUUCCGAGUACGAAACGAUCUAUAAAUGGUGUGGUGAUUACAUUUUCACGAUCGUGAUAUCAAUCAUAUGGGUGUUGUGCUUUGAAUCUCCUGUCGUCGGCAUUGAGAAAGUCAUUUUCGGCACAGGAAAACGCCCUGCACGCCCUGCAGCUGCUCAACCGGAGGUUAAAAUUGAAGAAGGAGUUCCAUCGACCAGUAAAUCUAUAUGUUUAGUUCUGCAUGUAAUUCUAAGUGCAUCGGCGAUAAGUGUUAAAGACCUGAAUAAAUUACAACAGUAUGAUGUGAGGCAUUCACAAAAACAUAUGCAAUUGUUUCAUAAAACUAUACGUGAACAAAUAAGUGGUGAAGCGAAAGUAUGUAAAAUAUUUAAAGAUUUCCUGGCUAAUCAAACAGAUCCUGAAACAUUUGAAAAUCAUGCUGACUGGCUCAUUGGAAUGGUUGAUUCCUGGGGAAAAAUCCCGAGUGGAAUUUUGGAAGGUAAUGUCAAUGAUAUGGGUCAAUACGAUGAAUGUAUGGCCAUUGAAGGAAAAAACAUAGAUGUCUCCGGACAAUAUUGCGAAAAGGGAAUAAUAUUAUUUCAAAAAAUUUAUAUUGCACUUUGCAUUCCCAGCGAUUGUGAACUGGUGCCUUUGGAAGGAGUAUCAGACAUUCAAAUUAAUCCAGGUUAUUGCCAAACUAUUGAUUAUGGUUCAGAGUUCACCACUGGCGACAUAAUUGUUGCAACAAUUUUCGGCAUAAUUUUGGCAUUAAUGGUAUUAAGCACGUGUUAUGAUUGCUUUUUACAUUACACCGAACAACAAACACGUUCACAACUCCUGAUUGCUUUUUCUGCCUGGACAAACACAAAGAAAUUAUUCGCGACAAAUUCACAAGCCAGCGGACAAGUUACAUGUCUGAAUGGAAUUCGAACGAUUAGUUUGAUGUGGAUUAUUUCCGGACACUCGUUUGCAUUGCAGGCGGCCUAUCCAACUGUUAACAUGGUAUCGGCUCUUCAAUUUCAAUUCGGUAAAAAAUCGCAAUAUAUUCAAGCAGGACAUUUUUCUGUAGACACGUUCUUCUUCUUGUCGGCAUUUUUACUUUCUUACAAUUAUAUCAAGAAUGUUCAUCGUGCAAUUACAACAGCCGAGAAAAAAUCAGAAAGGCCACAAAAUCCUUUAACUUUGAGCAAAGUACCAAUGUUUUACGUUCAUCGCAUACUAAGAAUACUGCCACCUCUUGCGGCAUUUUAUGGAUUAGGGAAUACACUUAUUGCUCAUAUAGCACAGGGCCCAUUGGAUCCAUUCCUAAAAACUAUAAUGCCAAAUGCAUGCUAUGAUCAUUGGUGGAGCUUUUUCCUGUUUAUUCAGAAUUACGUUCAUUAUGAAAACAUGUGUUUAUUGACGACUUGGUAUCUAUCUGCUGACAUGCAAAUGUUCUUGGCGUCACCAUUAAUUAUCAUUCCAAUUGGUGAACUUAUUCUGAGAGGAAAGAAACGAAUUGCGUAUAUUUUUGCUGGUGUUGUUGUAAUUGCUUGUAUAGUUAUUCCAAUGAUUCCCGAUAUUCUUCAAGAAGAUGAUCCAACUAUCCUCCUAAAUGAAUAUGCAACACAUCCACGAUUAUCUAUCUACACUUUGGGUAUUUUAUUCGGCAUGAUUGUCAUAGACUGUCUGAACAAAAAGAUUAGAAUAAAUCAUGUUUUAAAUGUCUUAUUAUGGGCAGUUUCUCUUGGAGUACUCCUAACUAUAGUCCUGACAAAUAUGGACGCCACAAUCAUUGAUCGUACUAUAGUCAAAAUGACACUGUUUUUCACGUUUGCACGGCCAGCAUGGGCACUUGCACUCUGCUGGAUUGUCUUCUCUUGUCAUUUUGGUUAUGGUGGACCAAUAAACUGGUUGCUAUCAAAAUCAAUUCAUCAGAUAAUGACUCGGCUCUCUUUCAGCAUGUAUCUAUUACAUAUGUUGGUUCAAGGAAGAAUUUUAAGCUAUACCAGAACAGCGAUGCAUUUUUCCGAAUACGAAAUAAUUUACCGCUGGUGUGGUGAUUAUAUCUUUACGAUUGUUUUCUCUAUAAUUUGGGUAUUGGCUUUUGAGUCGCCUGUGAUGAUUUUGGAAAAAUUAAUUUUUGGCGGUGGAAAGAAGAGUGAAUCCAGCGAAAAGACCCAAGGUGUGGAAAAUAAAACUGUGGCUCAACAAGCCUAAAUUAUUACUUUUGUCAUGUAUGACGAGCUAAUGGACUACAUACUUUUGCGAAAUGGAUUCAAC